UAUCUCCAGCGCUUGUGGCUUCUUUGCUGUUAACUUCGCAUCUAUACCCCCUCUUUCACACUGCAUGGCCAAUACCAAAGUCAUUCUUAUUGGAGUCGGAGGAGCUACGUGCUCAGGGAAGACGACCCUUGCAAAGCAUCUUCGCACGAUCCUUCCAAACAGCGUCAUCGUUCAUCAGGAUGAUUUCGCACCGCCUCAAGAAUUGAUUCCGAUUCACCCUGUGUACAACGUCCAAGACUGGGACAGUCCUGAGAACGCCAUAGAUUGGCGUAGAUUCAGCCAGUUCCUGGAGAAAGUGAAGCAAGACGGAAAAAUGCCAUUGGACCAUAUAAGCCACGAUCCUCUUAACGAGCAAAAAGAAUUCCCAAUUGACCCCGAGUGCUACGCGAAGUGGAGGUCACACUUUGAAGAAGUCGAACGCCGUGGUCGUGAGGAUCACGGGAUAGAGAUUACAUGGGCUCUGGUCGACGGCUUCCUGCUCUAUUGGGACCAGGGAUCGAUGGAUCAAUUAGAUAUCCGCAUAUUUUUGCGUGUCCAACACGAUACGCUGAAAGAACGGAGACGCGAGCGAGAUUAUUACAUAGCAGAUGGAUCGAUUUGGCGUGACCCUCCGCUGUACUGGGAACACAUCGUAUGGCCUGGAUACGUUGCAGCACACAAAGACAUGUUUGAGAACGGUGAUGUAGAGUCGGGGAGGCCGACCGGGGAUAAAAUGCGGGGGAUGCUUGUGCUUGGGAACGCGAAGAUGUCAACCACUGACGUUGUCAACCGGUGCUGCGAGGAAAUAGCGGAGUUCCAGGCAUUUCCGCAGAAGAGAAACUCCCGCCAUCACGAACCGUAGCCCAAUCACGCCUCUGAAGUUGGUGUAUGUAGCAUGUUUACAGCACAUUAAAUGAUGGGGCUUUAUCCUGUGUUUUCUCUGAUGGGCCAGGUGUAUGAGCCGGCUGACAU